CUUACAAAACCCCCGUGUCACCUUCUCCUAAUCCACCAUCACUAACCACUAACCACCGUCAUCUAAAAAAAUGUCACAAAAAAACUCCGAUCACCACCGUCUCAAAUUCGUCGCCGGAGCCGACGCUUUCGGCUGCGCCCUAAAAGACACUCUCGUCUCCCACCUCCGCUCCCUCAACAUCCCCGUCGAAGACCUCGGCACCGACAAUCACUACUCCAUCGGCGCCAAAAUCGGCCAAAUCGUCAGCUCCGGCAACAACUCCGGCACCGAGAUCCGCGGCCUACUCGCCUGCGGCACCGGCGUAGGCGUCUCCAUCUUCGCCAACAAAUUCCCCGGCGUCUACGCCGCCACGUGUCUCACCCCCGCCGACGCCGUCAACGCCCGCUCAAUCAACAACGCUAACGUCAUCGCCUUUUCCGGCAUCUCCGCCACCCCUAACGCCGCCGUCGAAACCCUAGAUAACUUCCUCAACACCCCGUUCAAAUCCCCCUGUCCCGCCUCCAAUUCCGAACCCUGGCCGGAAAACAUCCAAUCAUUCCUCGAUAAAUCUCUAACCGAAAUGCCCAAAAUCGGAUCCACAAACCCUAACCCUAAUUUUUCAAAUUCGUGUGUGCUUUGUGAUUUGGCUUCCGGCCGUGAGUUUACGCCGGUGGAGAUUAUGCCAGGAGGGAGUAUGAAGAUAGUGAGGGAGUCGCCGACGGCGGCGGUGGUGAGAUUUUCCGGCGGGAGUGUGGAACCGGCGCAUCACCAUAGUUAUGGACAUGAUGUGGUGGUGAUGAAGGGGAGGAAGAUAGUGUGGAAUAUGAGUAAGAAUGAGAGGUGUGAAUUGGGGGUGGGGGAUUAUUUGUAUACUCCUGGUGGGGAUGUGCAUAGAGUUAAGUAUUUGGAGGAUACUGAGUUUUUUAUUAGGUGGGAUGGUGGGUGGGAUAUUAUGUUGGAUGAGGAUCUUGCUACUGCCCUUACAGAUCUUGAUCAAGAAUGAUAGUUGUUGGGGUUUUGGAAUGACGGUUUUUGUGAUCGUUGUUGUUGUAGUAGUUGUUAUGGUGUUGAUACGUGUUGAGUUGGAUGAGGAUAUGGCGAGUGUUCUUACUGAUCUUGAUCAAGAUGUGUAGUUUUUGCGGGUUUGUAAUGGUGGCUAUUGUGUUCGUUGUUAUAGAUAAGUGUUGAGUUGGAUGGGGAUAUAGCUAGUGCUCUUAUGGAUCUUGAUCAAGAUGUGUAGUUAUUUUGCGGUUAUCGUAUUUGUUGUUGUCGUUGUUGUGAGGAUGUUAAUAGUCAUGGUAAAUAAAUGUUACAAGAGUGAUGUUGAAAAAGAAGCAUAGGAGGUGUAGUUGGUGUUUGAAUUGGGUUUACAAUGUGAUUGUUGCCGUUGCCGGUUUUAAAUGGUAGUUAUCGUAGUUGUGAUCUUGGUAGAGAGUUUUGUUGAUAAGUGUUGAAUUAUGUGUUUGUGAUCCUGUGAUGUUUGUGGAGUGUGUUUUACUAAGUGUUUGAAUGUUGUAAUGGAAUUUUGUGAAUUUCAUGUUGA